AUGGAUACCACCCAACGCCCCCGAAUUGCUGUUCUUAUCAACACCUCGCCCGAUAACAUACCAUUCUGGUCAGAUACACGACAAUCUUGGACAGAGGCGAUUACAUUGAUCUCCCCAACGGCAAAGGUCGAUUUAUAUGAUCCAGUGGUCGAGCGAAAGUUCCCGAAUGCAGCAGAUUAUGAUCUCAUAGUCUUGAGCGGCGGUAAAGCGGAUGCGUCUUCCUCGGAGCCCUGGGUAUUAGGUGUUCUGGACUACGUUCGAGUGACGGCGCGAGAAAUUCCUCAAACAAAGAUACUAGGUGUCUGCUGGGGGCAUCAAGCAAUUUCGAAGGCACUUGGAGGUGAAAUCGGCGCUGUUCCAACUGGGCCAAUUGCUGCGAUUGAAGAUAUCCACCUCACAGAAGAUGGGAAGAAAUUCUUUGGCCCUGUAAUGAGCACUACGCAUUACAGAGCCCCCGAGUUCCAUGUUCGUGAGGUCUUGAUUCCGGCCCCCGGAUUCGCUCACCUUGCUGAGAAUAACGAAUGUUUCGUCAACGAUCAAAACAACAUUCUCACUUUCCAAGCACACCCCGAAAUAUCAAAUGAGCUUGCAAAGAAGUUGCUUCUAGAAGAAGACAAAAUGUACAACGGAAACUGCUCAGCCGACAAACUGGCAAAGGAAGUUCGGAAACUAGAUCAUCCCACCGACGGUAUGAAAUUACUCAGUCGAGCUAUCCAGUGGAUUUCAGAGUAA